AUGCCGCAGUACAGUAUAAAAGCAAAAGAAAUUGAAUGCUUCCCAGCACAUUGGCAAGAAUUGAAGCAUCGGGUCGAAUUUGUUCCACAUUAUACGGAAACAUUAACAAAAUUAUAUCAAAAUGAUGAAUUUAAUCCUGGUCAAUUAAAAAUUGAGAUAAAAUUAGCAUUUGCAAUGGAUGAUUUCGAUUGCAUCGUACCGGAAGUUGAUUUAAAUCCGUUACUUUAUUUGGAACCGGAAAGUAUAGCUGAUGAACGAUUGAAAGCAUUAACAUUUGUUAAAAAAAAUGCAAAAUUGUAUGUUUUAUUCUCGUUCUUUAUUCUAUAG